UGGUGCUCGCAUUCGUAAUGGCGUAUGACGGCUGAGACAGCACAGGCGAAACGCGGACGGGUGCUCGAGUUUUCGCGGAUCCGCAACACCUGGGUGGUGAUUAAGUGCCGCGGCGCGUUGCCUGGGUGUCGAGUGUUCGCGGUAAGAUGACCACGACGGCCGGUGCGCUGCCGUCGUACCAGCGCUUCGCGAACGGCGUGCCGGUGCCGUUGUUCACGAGACGGUCCUUCCGUCCGCGCGAGAAGUACCUGAUCCUCCUGGUAUUCCUGACGUUCGGCAUCGUGUGUUUCGGCGCGUUCUUCUUCCUCCCGGAUUUUCGCACCGGCGGCGCGGCCGUGAACAGUGUCUACCGUGUCUAUCAACGUAUGCAGAAGGCGGGACCGGAGCUGCUGCUACCGGUGCCACCGCGAGCCUCCGGCGAUGGCAAGGACUCCCGUUCCUUCGCGGGCGGACACCCGAAUGCGGUGCCGCCCGGUCACGAGGACAGUGAUCACCAGGACGUGCACCUGGUUGAGGAUAAGCAAAAGCUGCAGGCAAAAAUCGAUGAGGAGUAUCAGCAGCAUAAGACAUUAGAAAAACCGGACAUGGGUGAAUCGCGAGUGCGUACGAGUAGUUCGUCGUCAUUGAUUGUGCAUAAGGAAGAGACAAUUUUAGUGACAGUGCCACCAGCACCCGCGGAUAAACUGCCAUUAACUGUCGGCGGAGAGGAUAAGGAUCACGUUGCCAGACAACGAAGGGACAAAGUGAAAGAGAUGAUGAAACAUGGUUGGGACAACUACGUGCGAUACGCAUGGGGAAAAAACGAGCUACGACCAAUCUCGAAGAGAGGUCAUAGUGCCAGCAUUUUCGGGGCUUCGAAUAUGGGUGCGACCAUCGUCGACGGACUCGACACUCUUUACAUCAUGGGUCUCCACGAUGAGUUCAAGCAGGGACGCGACUGGAUUGCCGAGAAUCUGGACUUCGAUAUCAACUCUGAAAUAUCGUUGUUUGAGACCAAUAUUCGUUUCAUGGGAAGUCUGCUCGCUUGUUACGCUCUCACGGGGGAUGUAAUGUUCCGGGAUAAGGCGGCGCAGCUUGGCGAACGGAUGCUGCCUGCCUUCCAGACGGAAACCGGAAUUCCUCAUUCCCUCAUCAACCUUCAUACUGGGGCGAGCAAGAAUUACGGUUGGGCGAGCAGUGGCUGCAGUAUUUUAUCCGAAAUCGGAACGAUGCAUCUUGAGUUCACUUACUUGAGUGAUAUAACGAAUAAUCCAGUGUUCAAGAGCAAAGUCGAAAACGUGAGAAAGGUCCUGAAAAGCUUGGAGAAACCAAAGGGUCUAUAUCCGAACUAUAUUCAUCCGAGAACAGGAAAAUGGGGUCAACAUCAUAUGUCGCUCGGUGGACUCGGCGACAGUUUCUAUGAGUAUUUGCUAAAGGCCUGGAUUCAGUCUGGCAAAGACGACGUCGAGGCACGCGAAAUGUAUGAUGAGGCUAUUGCAGCUAUAACCGAGCAUAUGAUCAAAACGUCCCCUGGCAAACUCGUAUACGUAUCGGAUUUAAAAUAUGACAGACUCGAGCACAAAAUGGGUCAUUUGGCUUGUUUUGCUGGUGGUAUGUUUGCUCUGGGUGCGAAAACUCUGGAAAAUGAAUCGUCUGACAAAUACAUGAAUAUCGCCGCUGGUCUGACCAACACGUGUCACGAGUCUUACGACAGAAGUGCUACAAAACUCGGCCCGGAAGCUUUUCACUUUAUCGAAGGCAACGAGGCUAGAAGUCUGAAGAACGGCGAGAAAUAUUACAUUCUACGACCAGAGACCUUCGAAUCGUAUUUCGUGAUGUGGCGACUAACAAAAGAUCCUAAAUAUCGCGAAUGGGGUUGGGAGGCAGUUCAAGCACUGGAAAAACAUUGCCGAGUCCCCGGAGGAUUCACGGGACUUAACAAUGUUUACCUGGUUGACUCGGCGAAAGACGAUGUCCAACAAAGUUAUUUCUUUGCUGAGACAUUAAAGUAUCUCUAUUUACUAUUUAGCGACGAUGAUCUCAUAAGCCUGGAUGACUGGGUAUUCAACUCCGAGGCUCAUGUGCUUCCCAUCAAGGGCAAUCCCCUAUAUCGUCCAGCCCCUGCUUUAUAAACCGGACAAGUUCGCGACAGUUUGAACGAUACUGAUAAUUUUCGUUCGCCAGUGAUGAAACCGACACAUAAUAUGACGAUACAGUGUAUCAGAAUGACAUAACAACCGAAGAUAUUUACUUUAUAUUACGAAGCGACUUUCUCGCCUUUGUUGUAUAUAAUAUUAUGUAGAUUGUGAGAGUAAAUGUUAUCUAUCGCGGCAAAACAAAACUACUCCAUCGAUAUUUUCUUUCUUUAUUUGUGUUAUUUCAAAAAUCUGUUUAUUCGAUAAAUUUAAUUACAAAAUUGAAAAUAA